AUGUCGUUUGAAAUCAACUGGGAAGACGUCGGGGAAGAUCCCGUUAUCAACAAUUCCAUCAAGGCAUUUCUCAAUUCUCAAUUGCAAGCUAUCGCCCUGCCCAGUUAUGUCAAUAGUUUGCAGGUCACCAACUUUCGCCUUGGACAUAUACCACCAAAAAUCACUCUUCGGGAGAUCACAGACCCUUUGAGCGAGUUCUACGAGCACAUUGCUAGUGAAAGUGAAGGAACGAAGCCAAAAGAGCAUUUGAGGAAGCAUUCAACUGACGGUAGUGACGGCCAAGACCAAGUAGAUGAUGAUGAAGAAGAAGAAGCAUUGAACGCAGGAAAAGACGGUUUUGAACCUGAACCGAAACCCACUAGCAAUCCAAGCGAUAUGCAGUUUUUGGUAGAAGUGGACUACAAGGGCGAUAUGACGAUAGAGGUCAAUGCAGAACUAGCACUCAACUAUCCCAGCCCGUCUUUCAUGAGUCUUCCUGUGAAAUUGUCGAUCACGGAUCUGGGCGUCCAUGUACUGUGUUUGGUAGCCUAUCUGUCGAAACAGCUGUUUAUCAGCUUCUUGUGCGAUGUGGCGGAUCCUGUCUUGGAUGCAAGAGAGUCUAUAACCGAUUCUGGAAGCUCAGCGUUUUUGGGCAAAAAAUCACUUGAGAGAAUCUCGCUGAUCCGCAGCAUCAAGAUCGAAAGCGAAAUAGGUGAACAAAACGAUGUGGAAGGUUCUGUGCUGCGAAGCGUGGGCAAACUUGAACAGUUUUUACUAGAAGUUUUCAAAACUAUUGUGAAGGUCGAAGCGGCAUGGCCUAGCUGGAUCAAUUUGGACUUCAACGAGGACGAUAGCGAUCAGGAGGAGUAG